AUGGCAGCUACUUCAGGGGAGCAACCGGUCGUCAACAAAAACAAGAGACAUCGCAAGGAGAAACCAUGGGACACCGAUGACAUCGACCAUUGGAAAGUAGAUCCGUUUCAACCAGAUGACAACAAAGGCGGUGUAUUUUCCGAGGAAUCUUCUUUCGCAACCCUUUUCCCAAAAUAUAGGGAGAAGUACCUGAGGGAAGUUUGGAGCGCCGUGAGCAAGGUUUUGGACUCACAUGGUAUCGCGUGCACAUUGGACUUGGUUCAUGGGUCCAUGUCCGUCCGAACGACACGUAAAACAUUCGAUCCUUACAUUAUACUCAAAGCGAGAGAUGUCAUAAAACUGCUCGCCAGAGGCGUUGCGAUCACUCAGGCUCAGAAGGUAAUGCAGGACGACAUGGCAUGCGACAUCAUCAAAAUUGGCAAUCUAGUUCGCAAUAAGGAUCGGUUUGUGAAACGGAGACAGCGGAUUAUUGGACCUGAUGGGAGUACGCUGAAGGCUAUCGAGCUAUUGACUCAGUGUUAUGUACUCGUACAAGGAAAUACCGUCAGCGUCAUGGGUCCGUACAAGUCACUAAAGGAAGUUCGACGAAUAGUCAUCGAUUGCAUGAAAAACAUUCAUCCUAUCUACCGCAUCAAGGAGCUCAUGAUAAGAAGGGAACUUGCAAAGGAUCCAAAGUUAGCAACGGAGUCCUGGGACCGCUUCCUGCCCAAGUUCAGGAAACGACAUCUAAAAACAUCUGAAAAGACGAGCAAGAAGAACGAGAAACUCUCAGCUAAGGACGAAGCAAGCACCAAAAAGGAGAAACCAGCAAAGAAAGUGUACACACCUUUCCCCCCGCCACAGCAACCGCGGAAGGUUGACCUUCAGCUUGAGUCGGGAGAGUAUUUCCUUAAGCCCCAUGAGCGGGAGGCCCAGGAAGUUCAAAAAAGAAAACAAAAACAAGCUGAGGCAACGCUUAAACGACGAGCAGAGCGGGCAGAGGUAUAUGUUGCUCCCAAAGAAGAAGCAGCCCCUACAGUUGAAGAGAAGCGAAAGCGACGGCAUACAGAAGUGGAUGGCGACGAUGGGACGGCGAAGUCGAAAAAGAAGAAAAAGAAGGACGUUGUUGCAGAAGAUAACUAG